CUUGCUCGGCCACUUUCCUCACCGCGGAGGUGCCCCUCACGUGGGCCAACAUUCACACCUCGAAUCUUAAUAUCUCGAUAUUACCGCAUGACGACCAGGUCUUCGCGACAGAAAAGUGGCCUACGCCUUGUAUGACAAAGUAUACGUGACAUUUUUGGCCUUUGGUCAGACUUUGCUGCUUCAUUGCAGGCGAGAAGCUCACAGAAAAAAAUUGGUCUUUGUCAAUCCUCAAUCACAAAAACUGGACAAAUCUAAGCAGACAGAGAACCGAGAAGAGGGUUUGAAGCAUGGGCAAGUCAUCGAAGGAUAAGCGGGAUGCAUACUACCGCCUUGCCAAAGAAGAAGGCUGGCGCGCACGGUCAGCGUACAAACUGCUGCAGAUCGAUGAGGAAUUCAACCUGUUCGAAGGGGUCACAAGAGUUGUCGAUCUCUGCGCUGCACCCGGGAGCUGGAGUCAAGUGCUCUCACGAGUUUUGAUCAAGGGCGAGACGUUUGGACGAGCGGGGUGGGAGCAGAAGCAGGAAGCAACACGGCGACAUGUCCUUGGACUGAAUAAGGAAGAGAAGGAAGACGGCGCUGCCCCGGCUGUGCAACAACCAACGCCUAGGGAAAAUGUACGGAUCGUUGCUAUCGAUCUGCAGCCCAUGAGUCCGCUCGACGGCGUCACGACAAUGCGCGCCGACAUCACACAUCCGUCCACCAUUCCACUCAUGUUGAAGGCCCUCGACCCGGACACAUAUGACCCCAACUCCGCAUCUUCAUCUUCCCCCGUGGAUCUGGUAAUCUCAGACGGCGCGCCAGACGUUACCGGUCUUCACGAUCUCGACAUCUACGUACAGAGCCAGCUGCUCUGGGCAGCGCUCAACCUGGCGCUGUGCGUACUCAAGCCCGGCGGCAAAUUCGUCGCAAAGAUCUUCCGCGGAAAAGACGUCGACCUGCUCUUCGCGCAGCUCAAGAUCGUCUUCAAGAGAGUCCGUGUCGCAAAGCCGAGGAGUAGUCGCGCAAGCAGUAUCGAGGCCUUCGUCGUAUGCGAAGGAUUCUGCCCGCCUGAGGGGUUCAAAGCAAGUUUGGACAAACCACUGGGCGCGGGUACACAACUACCCACCGACACCUCAGCACCAAAGGAAGAGAAGACUGUCUCUCGCACAGUGAGGGCAGAUGGUGCGGUCGAACUGGACUUUGGCACAGAUGACGAGGAUGAGGACGAUUUGGAGGAAGGCGGACAGCGGUGGAUAGCGCCAUUCCUGGCGUGCGGCGAUCUAUCAGCGUAUGACUCCGAUGCCACUUACAAGCUUCCCAAAGAUAGGGUCAGUCUGGAUCCGGUACAGCCGCCUACAGCACCACCCUACAAGCGGGCGUUGGAGAUGCGAAAGAUCGCCGGUGGCGCUUAUGGGAAGACAAAGGGCAAGGCCAUAAAAGAGGCAGCGUGAUUUACGUUGCAAGGACGACAAGCCUUCAGUAAUACACGAGCUUCAUUGGGAGCAGCAUCUCUGCAUUCAUAUGUAGUCAAAUCUGAUUUCUCGAAGGAAAAACGACGCGCUAAGGUAUUCAAAAACCGCACCUCUGU